AUGGUGAAUUACGAAGAUAUCCCACCGUCUGAUAUUGAGAGAAUGCUGUUCAUGGAAAACCGUGAGUUUGACAGAGAAGCUAUGGCUAAAAUGUCACCUAAAGAACGUGAUAGAGCUCUGGGACAAAUGUUCUUUCAAGUCCCUUAUGACGCUCGUUUUCCACACACUCAUCAGACCCGCCGAUGCAAAACGUAUUAUACUGAUUACUACCGAUGCAUUGAACUUUUGGGCGUCGACUAUAAACCGUGCGAAUUCUUUAAGUCUUUGUAUAAGGCAGUUUGUUCACCGGACGAAAUCAAAAAGUUCGACGAAGCCAGGAAACAGGGCUGUUUUACAGAAAGAUUUGACCGCUAG